AGACACUGCAGUCUCCAAUAGACUGCAAUGUGUUCCGCGCGGAUUUCCGCCUGAAGAAAGAGCACCGCCUUUCUUCAGGCGGAAAUUUCUAAGCGGAUUUUCAAAGCGGAUUUUCCGCUUCACAAAUUCCGAAGUGUGAAUUUGUGAACAGAAACCCAUUCACUACACUAGACAGUUUAGCAAGCGGAAUUUCUGACGGAAAUUUUACGACUGAAUUUCUGUCGGAAAUUCCGUAGUCUGAACCUAGCCUAAGGGGUAUAGACGAAGCCUUGGAAGGAACAAACCUGCAAUGCCCAGUGGGUCACAGGGGUGGAAGAUCCAAUCCUGUUUCGAGUAAUGAAAUAGGUGCAAAAUGACCCAAAGAUCAGGCGCUGUUCCAGGUUUUAAAAUUAAGAAGCCAAUGCAGAUGUAACGGUUAAAGUACCAGCAGGUGGAGAAUAUCGGCCUUGUAUCAGGAAAGCCAUGCAUGAAGAAGUAAAACUCGGAGCGUCUUACAUCGUAAGACUGCUGAACCGCCACCAAAAACUGGACAGCCUCCAGGUGGAGCGAUUCACCACAACGCUGACCUCCAUCUUAUGCGACAAGUUUGAAGGACACUGGUAUCCUGACAGCCCCCAGAAAGGCCAGGCCUACAGGUGUAUACGGAUAGAACACAAUACGGUGCUGGACGACUCCGUAUUACGGGCAUGCAUGCAGAGCGGUCUGCGCUGCUCACAGUUGGCGUUUCCAAAAAACAUGUCUAUCUGGAUCGAUCCACAGGAGGUGAGCUGCAGGUUAGGUGAGAGCUGUAGCCCCUUCAUUGUGAAAGCUCCAGAGGAGUCCAAGAAGACGACUGAGGAGAAACCAGAACAGGACACGUCGGACUAUCACUCAGAAGGCUCCGAUGUCAGCGGAUCUCCUUCAGAGUGCUCCAGCGAAGACGAAGAGAGCAGCAGCGGCAAAAAGAAAUCUCCUGUGAUUGAUACUCAGAAAAUCGGUGCCCAGUAUUAUUACAGCCCAGCUCCAUCCUCCACGAUCUUCUACCAGUAUCCCAACAGUGCCGUUAGCUUCGUUCCGGCCUAUCAACCCAUGACCCUCUACUACCUGGUACCGAAAUACUACCACAACAUCAGAUCCCAGUCAGUGCCAAAGAAAUGGAAAUCCAAAAAGUCAUCACCUCCCAUCAAAAGUUGAAGUAGAUCUUCUUAUCUGUCGGCCUCUGGAAAACAUUUCAACCUCACUUACUUGAAGACGACCUCUGGUAAGGGGUUUGCGUCCUCUGCAGCAAGACGUGACCCCCCGGAACCUCCUCGAGCAGCUAUUGUGUGUAGUCUAAGAGUUUUACGGGAAGACUCAGGAAGAAGAAUACAAGCAAUGGAUGAGCCAGUUUCAUAUUCUUGAACACAACGUCCCGUUUGUGGAUAAUGGCUACUAUGAAGCUACUGUCAAGUCUUCAUGAACCAUAAACCACCAUUGAGUAUGGUCCAUCCUUGGUGAUGUCAUGUGACUUCACUAGAUAUUGUGUUACUGUGGGAGAGUGUACUGUAUUACCUCAUAGCUAAGCGCAAUGGAUCUACCUCUGAAAUCUAAGGUUGAAGCUAUCUCGUCUACAUAACAUAGGGCGGGCAAAUGCCUGUUAGCCGAUGGGCUUGGGAGUUUGCGAUCUCAUUUUAUAGUUGGCACUACCAAGUGGUGGAGUUUCUCUCUUAAAGGGCACCUCCACCUGGUGCUCACCUUCAAUCCCACUCGAUCUGCACUGUCACUAGAGGCAGAUUUUGCACUAUUACAAUGACUGUUCUUCAGGUCUUAAAUUCAGUGGCAAAAGGUGACAAGCCAUUUGGGUGCUAUAUACCGGCACCUUUUUGGGGUGGUCACACCACUUCCCUGCCAUGAAAUUGGGAAGUGGAGCUCCGAACCAUGUGGAACUCCAAACACUGGAAACUUUAAGCUCUUGUGUUGGAAAUUCUCCUUAAAGGGUUACUCCGCCCCUAGACAUCUUAUCCCCUAUCCAAAGGAUGGGGGA